CUGCUUGAGAAAAAUAAUUCAACAUAAAAUCGAUUUGUAGUGCAAAUUAUCUGUUUGAAAAAUGUAAAUUUCUGUAGAAUAGUAUCCAGUAUACCAGAGCUAAAUGCAUUUACGUCUGGGUUCCAGUCACCACCAUCCAAAUGGGUGUGAUUUGGCUGCAGAUACCAGAUACAAAGACACAAUGCAGUUAAUCAAGCAACCCUCGUUCACUACCCCUCUGACGGCAGUUGGGGCAGUUGGCCAGCAGCUGCAACAGAAAGAACAACAGCAACAACACCAACAUCAUUAUCAUCACUCAAUUACUAAGAGGACAAAACGUUUCUUCCUCUGGACGAUAUUGUUAAUACAGUUUGGCUUUAUUUUAUGUUUUUGGUUAAUGCAAUUGGGUUUAAGUGGUCGCCUUAAAGAGAGUACAGGACUGACGUUGGUCAAACCAACACAAGAUGGGCAUGGACGUAUCAAUUUCAUAAGACCUGCAGAAUCCUUAAAGGACAACACGAAUAGUUUGAGCAGAGAAAGUCAAAGAAAGUCAAAUUUUCAAUGGUCUUCAAGAGAUUUAAAGUUCCAGCAGGACUUUGAAUUGCAAAAGGCAAGGUAUAACCUAACAGAUGCCGAAAAACUAAUGUUUGGUGAACCAUCAUUGUGGUGUUUCAAGGAAGGCACUUCAAAUGAUACAAAAGGAGCAGCAGCCGAUGAUGAUGUCAACGAUACAUGGCCCGAUAAUUGUUCCUGCAUGCCGCAGUGGCAUGGCCAAGAUUGUGGCCAGCCUGAAGUGAUAUGGAGGGCCCUGAUGACAGCCAAAAACGCUUUCAAACUACAAAAUCCCACCCAGGCUGAAGCCCACCGUUUAGUGUAUAUGAUAGAGGGUCAUUUUAUUAGCAUGGAUCUAUUGGAAUUGCAAAUACAAGCCGUCAUAAAGGUUGUGGACUAUUUUAUAAUACAUUAUAGACAACAGACACCUGUAAAUAUGAAACACCUGAAAACCCUUAAAUUCAAACUGAAGCAAAUGUUACCCGAACACAAUUAUCUACUGUACCAUUGUAGGCUGCCCUCGGCGAGUAACUGUUCCUCGGCCGAUGUGUAUCGACUGUUUAGGCAGCAACAACUCUUAAGUAAUGCCAUCAAGCCAACAGAUCUAUUCAUCUAUAGUAAUGAUCAAACCAUAUUGGGUCACCGGGCCUUGACAUUUUUCAAAUACUACAGUUCCAAUGUACCUUUAAUUGUGUUCCGUUUAAAAUUCAUUAUAUAUGGAUUCUUUUGGCAACAUCCAGAUCUAACCAAACUUGAUGGUAUGAUCAGUUCAUUCCAGCAGGUGGAUAACUCCAAUUCCGAUCCCUCGCAUUUGAAGGCACUACAACGACGCGGAACCACCACUGGACAGGAGGAGAUACUUGUCAUUGGAGAUUUAAAUCAUUUUGGUGGUUGGUAUUGUAAAUACUGUCAAGAACCCGAUGAAAUUAUAAUGGAAUUGCAACAAUUAACACAGCAGGCGAGCGGGAACAAUAGUCAUAGAUCAGAUCAGUUGCAGGCUAUUGAAAAUGUCAUAACAUUUCCCAAGGAUAAAAAACACUCACUUCACAUCGAUUCGGCCUAUGUGCAACAACUGAUUUCAUCGGGCCUCUAUUUGAACGAUGGCCAAACCGGUCUGGUCAAAGUUCGUCGUUUUGCUGAUAAGUAUUUUGCACCCAGCUAUGCUGUACAACAAAGUUGGAAAUAUGGUCAUUUGUUGGUAAAUAUCUAUGAAUCAUUAGAUGAUGUCUUGGCCGAUGAUAACGAAGAUGAAAUGUUUUAGUAGUAGAAUUUAAGUGUGGAUAGUGAGUACAUUUUUAAGGAUUAUUUAAAAAAAAAAUGUGUUAUGUAAAUACUAGAACAGAACGAAGCAAUACAUUUUUAGGGGGACAAUUGUGUAAACGAGAAGAAUUGUAAUUGCGUUAGGUUGCCUAAUUAAGGAAUUUUGUGUGUAAUGCAGUCCCAUUAAGGAAUAGGCCAGAUUGUUUGAUUGAUUUAUGGGCUCCAUAUUUUGACUCGUCGGUCCUUGGGUAUUUGAAUACAUACUCGAGUAUUUGAACUCAAAACUCUCCCAGACUGUUCACAAUUAUUAAUGUAAUUUACAUCUAUCGGGCUUUCGCGCAUCGGAUCUCAAAUGACGGGAGAGUACGAGAAAACUGGUCUUUGGUCCUCAUACCGCUACCGAAAUAUUAUCGAUUCAUAAGAAAGAUUCGUCCUUAAAGGUAGAUCAGAUACCCUACAACCGGUUUCCAAGUGCAGCUAAUGUAAUAGCUUAUUGGUGGUUUAACAAUCUCAUCAAUCGGUAUAUUAAUCGACUGGGAUCCGCCUGGAGCUAAUAUCAUAAUACAUCAGCCACUUAAUGAGUCCACAUAUUUCAGGGAGGGCUUUCUUGCAGUCAAGACUGGCUCUAGAUUUAAUGGCACUUGACCUUAUAACUUUAAAAACCGCUUUACUAUCGACAUAUAUAGGCACUGAUCCUGCUAUUCCAUUGCAUAGUUCUUUUCCUGUUGAAUUGUGCCAAAAUAUGCUGCGCCUGGAAGUUUAGCAGCAUAUUCAGGUAGAUUGGGGAGUGCUGUUGAGAGCUCCGGUUGUCAGUAAGGACGCGAAUCUCUGAACUAGGGUUAAUUUGGACAUGACUGCCCCACUGGUCCCCUAUUUCCGAAGACUAUAUUUUAUUAGAUUAUUCUAGGCCAAAGGUUUAUUGAUAUAGGACAAAGAUUUAUUAAUAUUGAUUUGUGUGCAUUUGGUAAGAGCAAGAGGUAAAAGAGAGAGAGGGAGUAGAAUGCAUUCUCAAAAAAAAAAAAAUCACGCUGUGGACUUCAAAACUAAAACAAUUUUUGUAUUUUUUUUCCAAAGAAUUGUUAGUUUAAUUUAAGAAAAUAUUAAAAAUAUCUUUGUUUAGAAUAGCGAAAAAAUCUAAUCUUAUAGAAAAAGGUUCCUUAAACGAAUUUGUAAUGCAAUUAUUAUUGAAUGUAACUCUAAUAAGGAAUUCAUUAAACGAAUUUGUAAUUAAUAAUUAAAUUAAGAUAAUUUAUUAUGAAAAACAGAAACAAACAACAACAAUAUCAUCAUUAUGUAAUUUAUUCAUUGUGCCUGCUAAUUAAAAAAAAAACAACAACAAGUCAUUGAAAUUACCUUAACAUAAAAGUUUAAAACAAAAACAUUAUCAAUCAUUAUUCGAUUAUUUUUGUAAAAUCAAAAUUGUUAGUUUUGACAACAAAUAAAGGCGAUAUGCAACAAAUAUAGAAACUUUAUUAAGUCGAGAGCCACUAAGUGUACACCUUGUAGAAACCGGUCUGUUUCUGCAAAGUUUAAUUGAACCUAAUUUAAGAAAAAUAUGAGUUUUCGAACUAAAAACGAUUGUCAGUAACUCAUUUUAAUUCUAUCAAUUUUUAAAUGAACUUCACAAAAUAUUCGAAAUGCUCUUCUGUGUGUAUAUCGCCUUCUAUUUAGAGUCACACCGAAAUUUUUGGCUUAUAUCGCUUUUUGAUUAAAAUCUUAUCUCAUCACAUAUCACUCAUAAGGAAAUUAAACUAAAAUCAUCCGAAUGUAUAUGAAUUAAAUAUAUAACGAAAUGGAAGACUUAUAAUACUCAGUUUUCCCCCAACAUUAUAUAUUCAUGAAAAAUCAUCUUCUUCGAAUGUUACUAAUAUCGUAAAAUUGAAAUUUAUAUAUGUAAUUUUUAAGCAUAAGCAGAUGUCAUAUUUAUUUAUUUUCAUGUAUGUAUGUUAAAAUAACCUUGGUAUGUAGGAGCAUUACCAAAACCCUAAAUUGGCCUUAAAAUUUUUGUUUUUAUUUAGAUACGAUGGCAAAAGAGAACACAUAAGUUAGAAAUUUAUUGAAGGGUAUUUAGUUGAAGUUUCAAAAAGCAAAAUCUUUUCGUGAAAAAUGUCGGACCUACCUUCCCUAUGUUUAGCCAUUUUAAAAGAUUAUCAAUUGUAGCUUCUGAGAACUGCCAAACUGUUUUGAUGAUCGGUAGCCGCUCUCUAUGUACAUACUUGUUGGUUGAAUGCCCGAGCAGAGACAUGUGGUUGUCGAAUGAGCGUGAUAAGUUCGGCGUGCUAAACUUAUUGAUCCCAGAGACAGUUAAUUCACAUUGGAGAUCAUCCAGUUGGUACAGGAUAAAUUGCAGGAUGAUAGAACCGCAGUCACAUUUAACGACAUAACAAUGCCUGAUUGGAAGUGGUGCUCUGGUUUUUUAUUUACGACGGAUGAUGUGACAAAUGUCACCCGUAACUCUAAAUCAUACAAAGCAUUGGUCCCGGAUGGAAUCACAAUAGUAAUGUUGAAACAGAAGAUGAAUAACCGACAAAAGUCAUUUACCAGUCGCUUGACACCCACAUCGUCCCUAUAACCUGGAAAGAAAAUGGGUUGGGUGGUCCCGCAGCUAAAAGAUGCUAGCAAAGCUGAGUCAUACAGGCCAAUUUCGUUUUUAUCGCCAAUAGCGAAGUCUCUUGGGUCUCCUUCCCAGGAAGCUAUACAUAUUCAACCACAUUAGUCGAGGGCUAAACCAGAACAAUUGUCCUGCCAAAUACCCAACUAAGUUUUUAUUGGUACGCAUCUUGCGUAACUAAUUAAAAGUUUAAAAAUAUGGAGGAAUAAAAGUGUUCUUUGCCAUGUCAUCUUUGCUUUAAUACCCCAUUCCCUUUUUAAUGUCGAUCUUUUUUUAUUGUUUUUAGUUUUUAAAAAUGAUUUUAUUUAACUUGUGUCAUUACUUUUGCUAAAUCCAAUUCAUAAGAAUACACAACCAAACCAAAGAAAUUUAAAUAAAAACACACAAUAGGACCAAUCAAUCAGAGGUAUCCAUCACCAAAAAGUAACUUCCGAAAAAAUAUCGAAUACCAAUCAACUGACUUGGGAAAACAUUGGCUCAGCUUACGGUCAUGCAAUUUUGUAAAUGACAGAAGUGGAAUUAAGUUUUCAAAAAAUUUUCAAAAUUCAUCCGAUGGCUGAUGUUUCCCAAGUUUAUUCCAUAGAAAACAAACAACAAAAAAAAACCAACCUAAUUACCAUAGACUCAAUGCGAACGGAAAUAAACGAAAGAGAGAGAGAAAAUAAAGAUUGUAAAUGAAAACGAUAACAGAAAAAAAAACAGCUGUGAUAUAACGAAAAUAUGACACAACCCGCAAACAGAUUGAAUAUUAUUUUGAUAAAAAUACCUGCAAAAAUAUGUUUAUAUCCUUCCCUAUCAGCCACAACUAGACUAGAUAAUUUUUAGAUAAAAUCGUCAUUAUGAUCUAAGAAUUUAUUUUCCGAUUUGUUAUAUAUAGUAUUUUAUGUUAUUUAGUCAAAAGCAUUUGUUAUUUUCAACACCAAAACUCACAUUCGCUGCUACAAGUCGAUGGAAAAAGGGAAAUAAUUCAGAUUGUUCCGAAAUAACAUCUGAACCCGCUUCCUUGGCUCGCAACGACUUAGCGAAUUAGUAAAUUAUUUCAAUUCAAUUAUUUACCCAUUAUUGUCUACAAAUAUAAGCAAUUGAAUGUCGUAUGUACGCCUUAAUCGCUAAUUUAAGUGAUUAUUGUAAAACAACAAUUUGUCUUAUUUAAAUUGAACAAAUAAAUCCUUUAACGAAAAACUACCAUA